AUCACGUGUCCAAAUCUCACCCACACCGAAAGAAGAAGACGAUUCGAACUUCGCAAUGAUAAAGACUUAACAUUUGACCACGUUUCUUUUUGUCCCAAGGUUGCAUAUAAGACUCUCUCACACUCACCAUAACCGCUCACUUCUCACCCUAUGGAUCCAACUGAAUCUCACCUACUCAGAUUCCGUCACGUGGUGGCCAUGCCUUGGCCCGGAAGAGGCCACAUCAACCCGAUGAUGAACCUCUGCAAACGCCUCGUCCUCCGCGACCCCAACCUCACCGUCACAUUCGUGGUCACCGAAGAAUGGCUCGGGCUCAUCGGAUCCGACCCGAAACCCGACCGGAUCCACUUCGCUACUCUCCCCAAUCUCAUCCCUUCCGAGCUCGUCCGCGCCAACGACUUCAUCGGCUUCGUCAACGCCGUCCACGCUACGCUGGAGGAGCCGUUCGAACAGCUUCUUGACCGCCUCGACUCGCCGCCUCCGACGGCGAUCGUCGCCGACACUUACGUCCUAUGGGCGGUGCGUGUCGGAGAACGGAGGAAUAUUCCGGUGGCUUCUCUCUGGACCAUGUCCGCCACGAUUCUCUCCCUCUUCCUUCACUCCGACCUGCUCAUAAGUCACGGACAUGCUCUGUUCGAACCAUCAGAAUCAAAAGAAGAGGAGAUUGUUGACUACAUCCCCGGUUUACCUCCAACGAAGCUCCGGGAUCUACCGCCGUUAUUCAAGGACUACCAAGUCUUCAAGAAAUGUGAGUUGUGUUUCGACGAGCUCCGGAGAGCUAAGUGUCUUCUCUUCACUACCGCCUAUGAGCUCGAACGUAAAGCCAUAGACUUCUUAACCGCCAAGCUCGAUAUCCCGGUUUACGCUACCGGCCCAUUAAUACCCUUUGAGAAACUCUCCGACGGCAGCGAACCGGAUUACAUCCGGUGGCUCGAUGAGCAACCGGAAAGCUCUGUUCUAUACGUUUCCCAGGGGAGUUUUCUCUCGGUUUCUGAAGCUCAGAUGGAUGAGAUAGUGGAAGGAGUUAGGGCGAGCGGGGUCCGGUUCCUUUGGGUGGCACGUGGGGGCGAGUCGAAGCUGAAUAAGGCCUUUGAAGGAAGCUCGGGUGUAGUGGUGAGCUGGUGCGACCAGCUUCGCGUGCUGUGCCACGUGGCUGUAGGUGGGUUUUGGACUCAUUGCGGGUUUAACUCGACUUUGGAAGGGAUGUAUUCAGGGGUGCCGAUGCUGGCGUUUCCGUUGUUUUGGGAUCAGAUUCUGAAUGGGAAGAUGAUUGUUGAGGAUUGGAGGGUUGGGAUUAGGAUCGAGAGGAGGAAGAAGGCGGAGGUUUUGAUAGGAAGAGACGAGGUCAAGGAAGUAGUGAAGAGGUUAAUGGAUAGAGAGAGUGAAGACGGGAAGGAGAUUAGAAGAAGAGCUUGUGACCUCAGUGAGAUAUGUCGAGGGGCGGUUGAGGAAAUGGGGUCGUCUAAUGCUAACAUCGACCAUUUCAUAAGGGGUAUUAAACAAAUAAAAAUAUGAUAUGAUCCAAUCACGUGAGAAGGAACUUGUACCUGCAAAAUAAAGAGAAGAGAAAGCAGUUACUCUCGGGAGGUAGUAUAAAUAGAUGAAAUUGUUAUUGAGAGAGUUAGAUGGUUAGUUUGGAGCCUUGUGGCUUAGGCUUGUUUCUCCUAGGAGAUUCAAGAUAGCUUUCCUUUGUAACCCUCCGUUCUUGACAGAAAUAUACUUGACUUCUAUCAAAAUACAACUUGAGCAUUA